AUGAGCCCACCGUCGGUGUCUACGGAGAUUUGGGAUACAGACAUUGAUUCUGAUUCCCAGUCUGAAUCUAUGGACGACUCCUCACGAAGUGUUCGCUCGCUUGACACCUCUAGUGUAACCACCGCUUCUACCCCUGAUGAUAUCAAGACUCCCGACUCCACUGGACUGACUGCCUUCCACUUUCACAUUGAUGAAAACCCAAUAUCCGGUCCGGAAGGUCCUCAUCUUUUUCGCAUGUCAAACGGGUCGAUGGACAUCAAGUCAACAGUUGAAAUCGAUCUGAUCUUCGAUGAUGACGCAGUCAGCGAUGCUAUUCCUUACUAUACCUCCGCAUCUACCUUCGAGCCUGAGCGAAGAGACACACCUGUUCCGAGUGUACCAAAUCCAAGUACGCCACUUCAGACUGUGGUAGAAGACUCAUCAGACCUUGAUGAGACACGGGUAGCGAGUUGGAACCCUCAGAAUGUUGUCAGCUGGUUGCAGAAGCUGAAUUUUGAUGAAGGUGUAAUUGAGAAGUUCUUUAUCAACGACAUUUCUGGCACAAUCCUAUUGGAACUUCAGCAAGAAGACCUGAAGGAGCUUGACAUUCACUCCUUUGGCAAGCGCCAUCAAUUGAUGGCUUGCAUUCGAAGCCUCCGCCACGGCGCUUUCUCGAACGAUGUGCCACCAGCCCUUCCAUCAGAGCCUGUCUCACGAGAGCCAACCCCUCAUUCCACAACAGCCGACGUGGGCUCCAGAAGCUGCAGUGCUACUCCAGUAGCCUGCGAAGCGACUUCGCCCCAAACGGAAAACGAAGAUCUUCACCAGCGCCGUCAACGAAGACGCCGCCGCGCAGGAGCUCUUGGUCCCAAUGAUUCAGUCUCUAUUGUUGGAAUUGAGCAGGCAUUCCCCAAGCUUCACAGGUGCUCAAAAGGCGAGGACUGCCGCAAGUGGCAAAAACAAUACGCCCGGCUCACCCGCCUAGGUCAGGACCUUCCUGCCGAGACUGUUGGUACCCCGAUGGUCAUCACUGGCGAUCCUGGAAACCCGUCGUGCGCCCGCAACCUCAUCAAGACUCCCAAGUCCGAGAUAACUCCCUCUAUUGUCGCAUCGUCGGAUGUUCUUGGUCCAAACCAAGUGUCUGAAUUACCCUUGUCUGAAAAGCAGCUCCAUGAAGUCGAGCCUCGGGAUCCGCAGGAGAACGUGCGUAACUUCUUAAACUUCCAACGCCUGAGCCGAUUGCAACCUGCGUGUGAUCCCGCAACUCCCCCAAUCGAUACUUUUCCUUCUCCCGAGGCCGACUCACCCGGUACUCUUGCCGAAAACCUUCGCAAUCUCCCGAGGCUUCGCAUCCCGAGCGGCCAUGGCCCAUCACCAAGAAGCGCUAGCGCUCUCUCUGGUCAACGCACUAUUACUCCUUCAGUGCUUCGGAAAAAGGCACCAUUCCAGCAGCCUUCCGCUGAAAAAAACAGGACUCCAUAUGUUGAACUCUUCUCACCCUCGGACUACUAUCGCCAGGACCCCCACUAUGGACAAUCCUCUCCCAUGUCUGAUGUGGAUAUUCCUAUAACUGCGAUUCCAUUCGGCCCUAUCGAGCGCAACUUUUCGCAAUCAGUGCCCCCAGAUAUGCGUUUCGGAAAUGGAGUUCAUCGCACAGCGAUUGACCCAAUUGAUCGACCCGAAUCUACUAAGGUUGAUAACCACAGACGCAAGAUUUCCCAUCCCUUAGGCCGUCUUGAUGAGGGCCGGAUGAUGACGCCCAUUGAGACGCCAGAGGACUUGGAGCAGACUCCCCGUGCUGGUAACUACCGAUUCAACCCAUUCACCGUUUCUGGUGAAGCCACAGACGACAUCAUCCACAGCGGAUGGAUGAAGAAGCGCAAAACCACCCGUCUUCUGCGACACGAAUGGAAUGAGCACGCUUUUGCUUUGCGGGGCACCCAGCUUGGCAUGUUCACAACAGAGGAGGCUGCUCAACAGGAUUCGAAAGCCCUUGAGUACAUUGACAUCGAUGAUUACGCUGUGGCUUGCUCAUCGCUUGCCUCAAGCUCCAAGUUGACCGCCGCGUUCAAGAAGACUGUCUUGAAGCGCACAGAUGACACUCGUGGAGGGACAGCCUUUGCUUUCUCGCUGAUUCCGUCUCCCACGAGCACAGCUUUCGCUGACAGGAAGACGAUUUUUAACAACGGCCCCAAGUCGCACCACUUCGCAGUAAAGACCCGGGAUGAGCGCAUCGAUUGGAUGCGCGAGCUCAUGCUGGCCAAAGCUCUUCGCCGAGGUCGCGAAAGUGGUGCAUCCCUCAAUGUCAACGGCAAUGCCAUUUAA